CUCAAAUUAAUUUAAUACAGCUUUUCUCAUUACAGAGAAAUGACAACUAAAGAAGCCACCCGAUACGAUGAUGUUGAACCUUACUGCAAAUGGAAAGAAGAACACGACCGUGAUGUUCUUGAAGUCUGCCUCCAUGGGUAUGAAAAGGAUGAUAUAAAGGUUUGGUUAUUGAAUUCUAAGAAAUUAAAAAUCAAAGGAGAAAGAAAAAUGGAUGAUACAACAAUGAGGAGGUUUAGCAAAGAGAUUAAAAUCCCAAGCAAGUGCAAAGAAGAUGAGAUUGAAGCUGAGUUCUUUAAUGGGUUUCUUUAUGUGAUAAUGCCUAAAGAAAAUGAUGAUGGGAAUAAUAACACUAAGGAUUUUGCUCAUCAUAAAAAUACAACCUUCAUUAUUCCUGUAUUAUCACUUUCACUUGCAAUUACUGCUAUUUGUGUUUCCAUUUGUCACUAUAUAAAGUGAAUUAAAUUAUGAAAUGAAACUAUAUGUGUA